GCAAUUGCUCCGCUCACUGGGAGGUGCUGGAAACAAGUAUGGGGUUGUUGUUAUAUUCAUCGUUUUAGUUGAUGCGGGGGAAAAAAUAAUCGCAUGCCAUAGCAGAGUUGUUAAAUUAUUGGUUUGAAUUGCUUGUCAUAUCCUACUUCAAACAAAUGUCAUUGUCACUGAGUAACACAAUGGAUGUUAUUGAGACGGUUGUAACAGAGAGUAUUGAAGGAGAUGAAACUCCAACGGCGUCCAGUUUGGAUCCAGAUAAAUCGAAAGCAGAGUUUGUAUGGACUUUACAAGCCACAUGGCAACUUGUCCAAACCCGCCUCGAAAUGGACCAGGAUUUUGACCAGCCAGUGUGCAAGAAAAAGAAACUGUGGGAGACAGUGGCUGAGAGAGUGACUGCCAAGCUAAGAGCAGCUGGGAGCACAGAUGUCACAGUCAAGGCCUAUGAGUGUGAUCUGAAGUGGCGUAACAUGUUGGCCACAUACAGGAAAAACGCUGAGAGGUCCAAGAGACUGGGGGCCCAGAGUGUCCACUGGGAGUUCUUCAAGGCCAUGCAUGUGGUCCUGGGGAAGAGUCGAGAGGAGAUCGAGGCACAGCGCAGGUCCAAACUCAAUGGGACCAAGCUGGGCAAGGCUAUUGCCAGCAAGCGGUUUACCCCCAUCCUUCCGACACCCUCCCUGACAGCUGCCCCCUUUGCUUCCAGGCCCCCCCAAGAUGUCCUGCAGCUGUACAUGGAGCUGCAGGAGAGGAAGAUGAACAUGUGGGCCCAGCAGAAGGCCCUGGAGGAGAGGAAGAUAGAGGCCAUCAAUAAUCUAGCCCGUGCAAUCUCCGGUUUGUCUCACAGUCAAAACAACAGUUUCCAGCUGCCAGAGUAGCAGUACAGCACACCCGAGGAAAGGAGUUCUCAUGGAACUAAAAACUUUUGGAUUUUGUGUAAUAUAUAGAAGCUUGUGCAUAGAAUGAAAGACUGCAUCAUGCAAAUGUUUCUUAAGCGUUCAACCAUUCAGCUACUUUGUGUUGUCAUGAUUUGUCAUUGUAUACGUUUUUAUUAUGCUAUAAUAACACCAUUUGACAAAGGAGUUCACUGCAGGAAUUCCCUGUGAAUGAGAAGUGUGAAUGAGAAGGCGGCUACACAGGGCAUAUUGUACAUAGAUCUGCCAUAGGAUACAAAUAAUCCUACAUAUGUAUAAAAUACAAGAUAUUGCUGUGAUACUCUUCCUUUUUAACAGAAUUUAUAUUGUAUAUUUUAUCUCAAUACAAACACAAAAAUGAUAAAUCACUUUAUGUACUUCCAGAAUCCAACUCUUUGUACAGCAAAUCUGCGAUGGCUUCCCUUCUCCUCACACCCUCCUCAUCACACUCCCCCUCUCCCUCCUGUGUCCCUGCCUCCCUCUCAACCUGUCCGUUGACCACUUUCCCCAUGUCCAGAAAUACAUUGUGGAGUAUGCAAGCAGUGAGGACAACUGCUUUGGCUCUUUCAUAGUUCCCCAUGUCCAAAUACCUGAGCCUUUCAAAUCUGGCUUUCAGGUCAGCCACAGCCUGGUCCAGGAGGUAAAAAUGGGCUUCCAGGGACCUGUUGUAAAGAUUUCCCCUGAGGCUACAACCCACUGCGUACGGGGUCAAUAUCUGGGCAGAGGCUGGAUAUCCAACUCGAGCCACUAGGCAGGUCCCUGGGGGCAUCAUCUCAGGGAGCUGUUUGAGUUUGUCCCUCAGAGCACUGGCUCUAUCCAGGUCUGAUCCCUUGCUGAUUCUGCAGUGUAUCAACCUGCCUGUAUGGUUACACACCAGCUCCAGGUUCAGCCAGGAGUCGGGAUGGGCCUCCUUCAUCCUCUUUACCUCUGGCAUCAUGCUCUCCACAUCCUGUUUGCCAAUGGGCAGGCGGAUGGGGAUGCGGGUGUGCCCCAAGACUCCCAGGACCCUGGGGACGCCCUUCUCUUCCAAGCCUUUGGCUUUCCCCAGCAGGCUGGAGAGGGGGGGGAGGUUUUCAAUAGCCUCAAUGCCUGGAGGAGAGAAGGACCAGAAACAAACAUGGGUGAUGGAGUAAAUAGUGUGUAAAUUGUUUGAAGGUGAACAUUUCAGGAUAUUGUAAUUCAGUGAUAUUCUACGUCGGUGGGGGGGAGGUCGCCCCCCCCAAAAAAAUUGUAUAGGACAAUAUACAAACGUUUUUGUGAAAGAUAAUUGGAAAACAUUUGAGUAAAUGUAUUGAUGCCUUUUCAUUUUGAAAUUAAUGCAAUUAAUUUAAGGUUAUUUGUUGAUGUAAAAAUCUACAUUGACUGAUUUUAAGGUUGUGUCAUCUGAUUUGGGGUGGCAAGAAAUUAUUGGGGGGAAAAUGGGGUCCCCAGAAAUACUGGCGGAUAAAAUGGGGUCCCUGCUGAAAACGUUUGUAUAACACUUUGAAUUGAUCCACACUGAACAGCAGUCAACAUACCAGUUGGCCAUCUAAUUUGUUGGUCCUCAAGUGUGUUCACACGCUCACAAAAGGAAAAGAAGAUCCUAUGAAUGUUUCCUUUUUCCAGGCGGAAACUGGUAGACACAGAGCGAUAGCUGAGGCGCUUGGAGAGGAGGGUGAGGGACAGGAGAACAGUGUGGGACAGGGAUAAACGGGCACGUCCUGCCAUACGGCUCUGAUUGUAUCUUGAGUUUGAAUUCUGGAGGAGAUCUGUAAUGUACUGAGAAAUUAAAAUAAACAUAAAUCAGAUCUGUGCACAGCAAA